CUUCGUCUCUUAUCUUUAUGGCGCAACAGAUACAUGCAACUUGUAGUUUGAGGAAAAGGUGGAGUUACUUUUAAAAUAAGUAAUUACAGGUGUUUUUUUUUCUUCAAUUUCUUAAGCGUCCGCGAAAUUACACCCUGACGAGAAAAUCAAAAUCUCUUUUUAUAUUUCUUAACAGGUAGCCCCGGGAAAAUGCAAUUAAGCGCAAAUAUCCCGCUAUCAUUAUUCACGAAUUCCUUAGAGAUUCCACCGUUUGUAGUCGAGCGUGCAAAAUUGGCUCAGAAUCGAAAAUGCAGAUUAUUCUCUUAAUAAAUCGAGGGAACGGUGGAUGCCGCGCGGAUUCCGACCGGGAUUCCACUUUCCCGCGGGGAGUAUCUUUCGCAUCUCACGCCGUUUUGUUGCGCCAUCGGGUUAGGAAACGGGUACGAGCGCCCUGCGCUCAUAAAUAAGGCAUAACCGAGCGCAUGAGCGAGCGAGCGCAGUGGAAACGUGGGCGAGGGCUCUCUUUGUGCAGCGCGCACUCGCGAGAGACGUAUGCGCUCGUAUGCGCGAUUUGUUGUUGCGGGCGAGAGGGUUGGAAAAGCAAGCGAGGGAGCCGCGAGGAAUUACCUAGCCGGCGUGUAUUCUUGCACCGAGAUGCGUGGGCGUGCGUAGGUAUCAGCCCUGAGGAGGGAUCAUCAGGGAAGCACGAGGAUAAAGAACGAUGCCCACGACGCGAGGUUCCCGCUAUACAACUGUCACGCUUUGUGUAACAGCCUCUCGCUGUUUAUUGUUUAUAAUUAAUUCGCCGAUAAUCGCGCCGCUUACCGCGCUAAUCGUUUUCCAUUUCCCUUUGAAUUCUUUUUGUUACUCUCGCGGCUAAUUAAUUAUUUCAUCACGAUCAACGCGCGUUUGAUGUAAUGUAAAUUAAUUUUGCGAAUUUACGGGUUUGCAGGGUUUACUCGACAAACUCUGCCCGUUUACCUUUGUCUUAUUUGCUCGGCUGCAUUGGCUAUCAGUUGCGACAAGUGUCACGUAUGUCGACAAGGUCUAAGUCAGCUGAUAUUACUCAAGUCAACACAUUUACGUAUUGAUAUGUACGUACAAAGUAAACAGUGGUUCAGUUUGUGCGAUGUCAUUAUGAUUUAAUUUUUUUUUUUUUUUUAAGUCCCACGCGACGAGGUGUUAUCGGUAAUAGAUUACAAAACGAUAUCGAUAUCAGAUUCGUUCAUCUUAUAGGUACACUCUUGCAUCGGUUUUCUUAUUUCAGUAUGUUAUUUAUGUUACAAGCGAGCCUUGUCUCUCGUAUUUUAUUAUGCCGUCCAGCGGCUGUUACGUUCGCAGUGUGACGGCAAAUUUACCUGUGCGACGCGAGAAAUUCACUCCCGCGUUCGCUCCCUCCCUUUGUGUCCGCGUCCGUGGGGAUUGUUUAACGAUAUUUUCAACCCCUCACGCACACACGCGAGGGGAGGGCGGGCCGCCCGUGGGGAGUUACAAUUGUUGGUACAUUGUUACACGCGUAACAGGGCAGCAUGCGCGCAGCAGGUUUUUUGCAAAAUGCACCGCUCGCCGGAAAGCUCGAAAAUUUCCUACGUCCCUGAUGGCAUUAAUUUAUCGCCGCGCGCUAUUUGCGCAACGCUUUAACGCAACAACGCCGGCGGUAAUGGCUUUAUAAUAGCAACGAAAUCGUUCGCGCGCGCCGUGUAUAUCGAGUUCAGGGCCGCCGCAGGACGUCUUGCCGUUGUAUCUCGCGCUUCUUUCUUCUUCUUUUUUUUUUAGCACGUCGCAUUAGAGUACCCCUCACAGAAGAGUGUGCGUCCGAGAUUUCAUUCCGCGUGUACUCCUUCGUUUUAUCACCCACGCCCGUGUAGGAGACCCGAGUUAUUUACCAAGACGCAAAGACGUUAUUAUUGAUUAAAAAAAGAAAAAUGCCACCGCGUCAAGUCAUAAUGUCAUUAUAAUUUCUUUAUAUAUUUUUAAGUGUCAAUCCCUGAAUGAUAAAUUUAUCCCCAGGUCAACAGAGAUUAUUUUUAAUUACUGCUCGUAAUUCAUAUUUUUUACUUCAUAAGUUGCCGGUGUGUUAUUUGUGCAGAUCGUAUGAAUUAUGUAAACUAUUAUAUAAAUGUGAUCUUUUGAGCAAAGACAUUUCACGGAGAUCUGGUUUUAAUUUAAAUAUCCUACGCGCGACGUGCAGUCAACCGCGCUAAACAUUUUAUCACGCGAAUACAUAAAAAUACUAGAUAUACAGAUUACCAGCGCCCGAUUGCAUCAUCGUACCAACUUUGAGUCUCCCGGUGUUACAUUCUUGACACGCACGAGCGUGUCCCCGUAUCGCGCUGUAAGGAAAAGGAAAAUUGAAAUUUCGACUUAUCGAGAAGCGACGGGAAAUGAUAAUACGGUGGCAACGGCCCGGGGUCGAGGUUCGAGAGGAGCGUGCUCGCGAUAUCGAUCACCGCGUGCGGUGGUAACGCGAGGUAAAGUCGCGUUGCAGUUUUCCCGGUGCGCGGCGACGCGCGGAGCCGACGUCCCGUCCGUCGCGCGUCGUCGCCGCGGGCUAUGUGCGCUGUGUGCACCCGCGCGUGUCCGACACGCACGCGUUUGCGCGCGAUCGCGGCAGACGGACGGACGCGCUCCUGCUCCUGCCGCUUAUGCUCGCCUGAUAGACUCGCGAUCAAGACGUUUGCGCAAAUCGCGUAACGCGGACGCGCAUACGCGCUCUCCACGCACGCCGACGCCGCCAACGCGACGUCGUCGCGCGCGUCCUUGUCAUGUGCUCCUCCCCCCUCCCCCCGCCUCGCGCAGCCUGACGUGGCAAUAAUGAGCGCAGACGUGAUGAGGCGACGCGCGAAAGCGCAGCCUCCUCCUUGGGGCGGCGUUUCGCGCCCCCUUUAGCUACGCUGGGCUCUGAAAUCGCGGAAAUUAGUGUCCGACGCAAAUCUGAUUUUAAUUGGAUUUCAAUGUAACGACAUUGAAACUGAUGUAAUCUCAAUAUUGAUAAUAAUAAGUCGUUCUACUCAUUACAUGUAGAUUUUAUUUCCAUUUCUUUUUGUGCAUCACCGAAUUACAAAAGUAUAAGAACACAUAGAUGCACAAGAAGUGAAGCGACAGCAUUACUGUUGCUAUAAAGCCCACCAGAACAACACAAAGAAAGUCUGAACGAUUUAAAUGCAAAGUUACCAAUGAGCAGUAUUGUACAUUGCAUAAUAGUAUUACAUGCUUGAGUUCUACAUCUAUAACUACAAAAAUAGAUAAGUAUAUAUAAUUUUAUAGCCAACGAACAUAUAAAAAUUACAAUGGCAUUGAUAAUGCGGUAUAUGAUAAAUAGAUGUGUACAGUCACGAAUUACAGUUGGUGCAAUUUUUUGUAUCAUAACGUUCGUAGAAGAAAUACAACAAUUUCCUUCUGAUUUAAAAAAAUGUGAUAUUACACAUUUGAUAAUAUUGAAUUUUACAAAAGAUCUUCCUCUAUGUGUGUACAGUCGCGAUUCUAUGUCUGGACACAGGUAAUUCGUUGAUAUACAAAAAAGUUUUACAAGUGCACGGGAAUGAGUGACUCGCAAAUAGCGGGACUUUUAGAUUCGGAUUUGUGCGGUCUGAUAAAUUUGCGCGCGCCAUGGGUGAUCGGGAGAAAUCGCGGGGAGGAGAUGGGAGUUUUACCGCGGUUAAUAAAUUUCGAAUUUGAUAGCUCGCGAAACGCGCGUGGCACUAAUGGGAGUAAUGGGAGAAAUCGAAACGAUUGCGCGUCGCGAAUGAUUGUAAUCGCGGACGCGCUGACGAGAGCCCCUUGGAAUUUUGCCGUGAACCAGAUCUCUACGCUGGAUGCUCCUGGAUUAUCUGGACCGCGAAGACUUUUCCGUCGGAGACGCGUUCUGAUUCUCACGUUCACCUCGGACUCCUGAAUAAGAGAUCACUCGGCGGCGUUAAGAAACGUCACCGAUGAUUUACGCGUACCGUUCACGCGCGACGCGUCUUUCCCGGAUGAGCAGACUCUUGAAUCGUAGAAAAGAAAAUUAUCCUAACGGUCUCGAAAUUUGCCUUGGCGACCUGACGCAAAUGUUAUUUCCCAUAUGUUUUUUAUGAUAACAGUAAGUAAUAAAAGCCUGCCAAAGUCAAAGUUAUAUUGAGUUCUGAAUUUGCCCCAAUCUCUUUAUUUCCCCACGUUUCUUAUUUAAAUGACAAAAAUUAAUACCGAUAGAAAAAUACAUGUUUCUUUCGUUACUUAAGAAUUGUGACAUUGUUCUCAUUCUUCAUGGUAGCGAGGGGUAUCGAAUGACUUAACUAUGUGAAAGUAUAUCUUUAUACCCCAUUAAAUUUAGAAGCAUUCUAUAUCGAUUAGGUAAUUUUCCUUAAGGUUUGUGCAUUUUAUAGUCGUUACAUGUUACAAAAAGCGUAUAUCAGAUGAAAUAUUCGGAGCGAUAUUUCUCGAAACAAGGACAAUUCGAUGAUCACGCUUUGACUACGGGAUUGCGAAAAACGAAACUCCAUACAAAGUAGGUCGCACGAUACACUUUUUUUUCAAUGUGAAAGAUUUAAUUAUAACGAAUAUGUCCGAGCUUCCUCAAUCGAAUCGUACGUAAUAGCGAUUGUAUAACGCAACAAAUAUCGAAUUGAUUCUCCGGAUUUAUUAAUUAAAGCGUAUCAAGUCUCACAACUGGUUUCAGCUGAGUGGAGAAGGGGCGAUCAUAAAUAAAACGGGCUGCAGCUACGAUCGAUAAGCGCAAUCGGGAGAGAGCCUCCGUCUUCUCUGACUUGCCACGAUGUUGGUUAGUGUGCUAAUCAUUCGCGCGUACCGUUAGCUUCUCGUUUUAGUCUUAUCAAGAUUUAUGCGUCAUUGCGUUGUAUAGCGCGCCGUGUGCCGAAACACACAUCUCCGUGCACGCCCGAGCGAGAAGAUAUAUGGCAAUCACGCGAUGCGCUGACGAAAUGAAAAGUAAAUCGAGCCGGAAAGUGCAUUCGUUAAUUGCCCGCAAAACAGCGAGGGUAUCGCACACGGCGAUGAAGAGCUUUUACAACACGGUAAAUAAAUAUUGAGUAAAGGUUUCUUAGUAGUAGAAUUUGUAGUUCUUUUUUUCUGUAAGUUUAAUUUAACUUUAAAUUAGACAGUGUCUUGAAAUAACAAAUCGGUUUUUCAGUCGCCGGAAAAUGCACCGGCUAAUUAACCUAAAAUCACGCUUGCGUGCAGCGCAAUUACGGGCGUAAUUAGGCGAUAGUGCCGAGAGCGAAUCUGUUUUUGUUGGUCGUGGUACGAUAAACGCAUAUACAUCUUCAUUUAAUUUAUUCUGUUCCGCAAGGAGAAGAAACUUUCGUUUUAGGAAGCGCCUUUAUCUUUUUUCAAGUUCUGUGGUAGAACGAGAGAAAUAACGUAAUGACACGGCAAAACUAUGUUUUUUUCCCGUUUGCAUCGCUGAAAAUUGCGAUGAGGAAGAAAGAGCGACAAGAGGCGAAUAGAAUCUUAUUAUAGGGAAAAUCUGACGGUUUGACUUGCUGAUUAUGCGAAUUGUUUGUGAUGCAACCCGCGCAUUUCUCCUCCAACGUUAGGCCGGCGAAAUCAUUUUUUCGUCCUGCGCUUCUUUACGUCCCGUAUUUGCGCGAGCGGCUAUAAAAGCUAAUUAGCAACGUGAACAACGUAUAAGAUGACUAUCGACGUUGGAAUUUCGCCGCGAGGCAAAAACGACGAGUGCAGCCGUUGCAUUUUUGUCGCGCGAAGGAGGGAAACUGAUCAGGUGCAUUCACUGCUGUGAAUAGCCAUUGCCCUCGUGCGACAUUUCCAUUACACGCGACGUAACGGUGAGGCGUAGCCUGAGGCGAGUGACGUCGCUAAUUAGCGCGUUGGAACAAAAUUCUAGGCGAAAUUGUAAAUUCCAAGACACGUCACAUACUCACGUAUUCUUAUAAAAAUUUUGAAGGAGAAAAAAUCUGCACGGGUUGCUAAAGAAAUUGAUAAGAGAUGAACAGACGCUGAGAAAAAAUGUUUAUUUGACUAAAUUUUUCAACUAAAUUCAAUUUCAUUCAGUUCAGGUAUUUAUUCGUUUAACUUAAGUACAUAAAAUAUUUGAAUUUUAAAUCAAAUUUUUUAUAUAUUUGACUCAAAUACAUAUAUGGAUAUUUGAAUGAAACAAAUUUAAUUAAGCUGAAAAAUUUAGUCAAAUUAACAACUUAUUUUUCUCAGUGUAGGAUGAUUUGUACAAAUUGGUCGUACAUUGUUGCGCCAAAUCUAAUCAAAUAUUUUUCCUAUUUAAAACACGAAACCAAGAGGCAAGUAAAGCAAUUCAUUAAUGUAAAGAAAUUGCUAGUUUGAUAGAAUUGAAUCUUUCCUUCUUCCCCAAAAAUCCUAGAUCCGCUCAUACAUAACAACAUGUAUAUCUUAUCGCCUAUGACAAAUACGACCUUCAAUGUCGAGAAUCUUUUUUUCCAAUCUCUCUCUCUCCCGUCUUCACUGACGAACAGCUUAUACACAGCUAAGUAUACAUGUAGUACAAUGACAGAGAAUUCGUGUAUCAGAUAAGAAACCCGAUAUCUACGACCGCGAAACACGAUUCGGUUCGCACUUCCCCGUUCAAUUCCACCGGGCAUCGGUCAGCCUUGACCAAGCGGCUGUAAUCCGUCCGCUCCGCAUCGCGUUGUCCGCGCAGCAUGCGAGCCGCGUGUAUCUCGAGAUCGCGUCGCGCGCAUCAUCAUCAGCUGCAGCAGCAGCAGCGGCGGCAGCAACGCGAGGCGCGCACGUGGCCACGUGCCGCGUACGUUCUGCUCUCCGGAUAGGCACGUGGCGUCGCAGUCUGUACCGGACGUGGUCGCGCUUACGUGACUUUGGCGUGUCUCUCACCUCGCGGAUCGCGACAACGCGGCUGCGUGAUAACAACGCGCGCAUGUCCGACAACGUCGAAGUAGAGUGGCCCGCGGGUAUAAGCUCCGGAAUCGUCCUAAAUCUUCUUUCGUUGGGAACGGAAUUUGAACUACUUACUUCUAGACGCAGUUUGCAACGGUAUAACAAAGUUUUUCGAUGCAAAUGUUUAAAAAAAUAAAAGUAAAAAUUUUAUAAUUUAAACGUGAUUUAGUCUAACGAUUUUAGAGGAAUAAAAGUGUCAUUACUUCUUCCCUGUAAUGAAUUCUCAUCAAAAUUUUUUGUGCAGACGAGUGAAAAAUGAUAAUUUUUUAGUUAUGUCAGUGUACAAACGUUGGAAAAUUUUUCAAAAAAAUUCAAUUAUCGUAAUUAAUAAGAUUCAGCAGAGAGAAGAGAUUCAUUUUAUAACAUUCAUACUUUGACAAAUGAUAAAAAUGAUUACAUGCACGAUUGAGGAUGCUAGGAGUGAAGGAAUUAACGCGAACGCCAUUGUCCCUCGGAGCGUCGCAAAAACGCGAUCUUGCGUAACAGUAUAUAGCUAAAAUAAGCUAAUCGUCGAUCGUAAGAAGAUUAGUUAAUCAUCCGGCUCAGCUGGUCGGUGUAAUUGCAGAAAAAUGCACGGUGCACUUUGGCGUCAAUAGAUACAUAAAACAAAACAUGUGAGGAUUUAUCGGGACGUCAAAAGAAAGAAAGAGAGAGAGAGAGAGAGAAAGAGAGAAGGAGGGGAGGCGACAAAGAUAGGGGUGGAAUAGACGGAGUGGAAAAGCGCGUGAAAGCGAAUUUACACGGUUCAAGCCUGCGACGAUCCAUUGCCUACUUGCCCCGACGUGCGAGCGCGUUGGCCGAUGAACGAAGCUCUUUUUGUUCAGCAGCAUGGAGUAGCUGCGGGGGAAACAAAAAAGAACCGAAAGUGUGAAAGCGAAAUCGGAAUAAACGGAAUGGCCGGGCUAAUGGACGAGCGAGUUUUCGUUCGACGGGGAAAAGGGAGAGAGGUGAGAGGGGAGGAUACAAACUAGCCUCUCUCGGGGAUCCCUGAAAAAUCGCGAAGGCGGAAUUACGGGACUCCCGUCCCGUAAUCGAGAGCUGCAAUUACUCACAAUACCAAUCUGUAUGUAAUAACAUAAUUAUAAGCCAUUCCGCGUAACGUUCGUAGGGGAGGGGGAAGGGCGGGGGGAGGGAAUUGUCCUGCCGCGCCGCCGGAUCAAAUUUUAAUGGCAGAUCUCUCCCUCGACGCGAUCGCGCGGAGACGAAAGAGAGAGAGAGAGAGAGAGAGAGAGAGAGAGAGAGAGAGAGAGAGAGAGAGAGAUUGCGGUCGACCUUUUUCCCGCGCGACUCGGAAAUUUCAUAUCGGCUCGUUUUUGCCGUGCGCGUUAUCCGAUUCGCUUUUCUUUCGCCACGGAGAAUCGAAAGCGACUCAAGGGAGGUGAGGUGGGAAGCGUGCAAAUCCGCCAUAAUGGCCCCGCGAUGCGCUCACGAGUCUCGCGAACCGUCUCGAAUCGGCUGGAUAUCAAUUAAGUAAUUUGUCGGAGGUCCGGCUGCGUGCCGAUGAUCGAUGUGGAUACCGCCGCCGCCGCCACCGUCAUCGUCGUCGUCGUCGUCCCGAGUCUCAAGGUCGUCAUGGAAGUUCAAGGCCGACCAUUUUCUCGCGCGCGAUGGAAAGCGAGCGAGAGUUUGCGCGCGACGGCGACGUGUGCGUGUCGUGCGGGAAUUACGAGAUUUCUGGGCCGGGUUUCCUCGGGAGGGUCGCAAUCGAUGGGAAAUCAGUGCUGUUUAAUCGCCGGGUACGCGUGUAAUUUUCGGGAAUUUUUCCUGACGCCGUAAUUGCCCGAGAAAUAACCACGUUUCGCGCGCUCUUCGGCAUCGCGUGAUUUUUCGCCGCGUAAUUACGCGCGUUGGGAGAGAAACUUCUCCGUCGCCUCGCGCGGCCGCCAAAAGGGAGAAUAAUAACGAUCUUUAUACCCGGGACUGAGAUGGAACAAUUAAACGCUCAAAUUCUCAACGGUUGUCAGAGGGACCAUUAAAUCUCUCGAUGUUUCAUUUGCCGAGACAGAGAGAGAGAGAGAGAGAGAGAGAGAGAGAGAAAUUGUCUCAUAAAAAAAUUGCUAUUGGAAAAAGAAUUAUUCCGUCGUGUGUUGAGAAGCGGUCGAGGACUCUCGGCAAUUGGCUGCGGAAUCCCUCGAUAAAAUUAAGGUCUAUUGUUAGGAUAGGAUAACUCCGUACGCGUAUUUCGCGCGCACGCACAAAGCCUCAUUCAUGUCGAGCCACAUUGUGCGUUUUCAGCGGAUCAUGCAUCGCGGCCCCGCGGGACUCUAUCGGGGCCGUGCCGAUGAAUCUCCCGCGUCAUCUCCGCCGCCACUUCAACGUCUCUCCGAUCGUCUCUUCCGUCGGCAUCUCGCGCGCGCGCGCGCGAUCGAGGAUGCGUGAUCGAUUGCGAUACGCGCGAUUAUCCUCCUCCGCGCGCGGAAUAUGCCGCGCGCGCUUUUACGCGAUUGUUGCACGGCGAGCGUAACAAUCGCAGUCGAACUAUCGCACACGCUCGAUCAAAUGGACAGCCGGAGGCUGCCACGGCCUAGACCGUGAAGUCUCAUCUUCUCUCGGGAGAGAUUUCCUCUUCCUCUUAUCCCGCGACCGCCACCUCCGCCUCGGCACUUCCCUCUCACAUUGUAUAUCUGUCCAUUGUCUCGCUGCGUACAAUGGGAAAGACUUCGCGAUACUUCGCGAGUGGAGAAAGAGGCACGCGCGGUUAUCGUAACUCGCGGUUUCAAUUCUCUCGCGGGAGAUAGAGAUGGAUAAUGCGUUCAAAGGAUCUUCGACCCCGUUGGGAUUAUGUAUCUCGAAUUACAAUGCUUUACCAGCUCGAUAUAUUCCUUGAAUCAUAAAUAUAUGUGAUUAUACACAGGCAAUUUUUUCUCAAUUUAUAUUUAACUUUUACAAGAGAAACAAUACAAAAGUUUUCCUUUUGAUUCGUUUUCGUUCUCUCAGUACAACCAUUAGUUUUCUAUAUCAGCAAUUUUACAAAAAAAAAAAAAAAAAAAAUUAGUAGUACAAACAUGUACGGAUAUAUUUCGUAUAUAAUUAUAUGUAUAUUUUUAUAUGAAAAAUUUUUUAUCGAGAGAAACUAUUAAUGAAUUUUACUGAUAAGAUGAUUUUACACACAUGAUUUAAGAUUUGAAUUUUAUACUUUAUUGUACAGUGAUUUUAUUUUUACAUAUGUGUAUAAAAACGCCAAGUUCUUUUUCUGAAUGUAGCCGCUGAAGAUCCGACGUUUCAAUCUUUUCUUGCCUACUUUAGAAAUCAUAAUUUUUACGACUAGGACGACUAUUAGUCGUUCUUGAUAUUUUCUCUUUAGUCAUCGCUCGCAUUUCGCUCGAAUGAAAUGCGUUUCUAGAGCUUGAAAAAGAAGUCGUACGUUUACGACGGGAGGCACCAGGAAGUCUGCUGCCAUGAAUGAUAGUAAUGUACGCAUGCAUGAUCUCUCGUAAUAACAUUCGCAACACUAGCGCAAACCUGUUACGUAGCGAAACUCAUAAAGGAAAGGAGAGGACACGUAGAAGAAGAAGAGGCAGAAGAAGUAAUGGAACAAUGACCAAGACAUCGCUUAACUUCAAUCGUUAUAGACUCCGAGCCCUUCCUUAACAGUCGUUACUGACAUUAUUGCGUCUUUCGAUACGUAGAGAGUCUGUUCAUACGCAUAUCAACACAUUUAAGUGAGUCCUUUCUAUUUAAAAUUCCAUAUAUGACAUUAUUAAUUAUAAUAAUGUAAGUUAAUUAAGUUUUAAGAUAUAUGAAAAGUAUUAAUUUGAGAAAGUGAGGUAAGAGACAACAAUAAGGAACAUGAAAAUAGAAAAAUAAUAUAAAUAUGAAGAAAGUAAGAAUAAAGACAAGAGAGCAUCUUGGAAUCUUGAUUCCCUCCAAUAAUCGGGACUUUCUGUAGAUGCGAACUUAAAGACCACAACCGAGACGUGUGGACGAGCGUCGCGAAUUUCUAUCUACCUGCGCUAGGGAUUUCUAUCGCGCGCGAGCUUUACGAAUAGAGUAGCUCUACCCGCAGUAAUAUAAUCGUAAUAACGCGCCCUGGGAAGCCACCGACGACGAGCGGCUGCGGCAGGAGGUUGUCAUGAACAAGAAGCGGACCGCCGGGAACCCCGCGAUGGCAACUCAUGCAGGGCCCCCAUUACACAUUGGACACGUGUGCUCACUUUUCAAGCCGUUCGUAUCGUACACGUACGCCUAUCCGCAUCGCGUAUCUCGCGUGUGCUAUCUCUAUCGAUCGCGCGCAAAAAAAGCGAGGGGAGGGAAUGACGGGACGAAACGAUUAAAGAGAUCGAGAGGGAAGACCGCACAGAGGGUUCGCGCCACUCGUCAUUACAGAGUGUCGGACAUGGCAGCGGUGAGGUGUGAAGAUGCGCCAGAAAUUUCCUCUACGACAUAACGAGAUUCCGAAUUUGUUUAAUUUUUAAAAUAUAAUUAUUUACAAAUCAACGUGUGAAAACGAGAAAAGAGUUGAAUUUCUCUCGAGACACGCGCGGAUGUAUAAGUUUGAUCUUCAGGCCGCCGCCGUUGCGGAAAAACGUCGGAGUUAGCGAUCAAGUUUACUACUCCGUACUUUCGAAUGCGAUCGCGGAUACAAACGUAUCGGCGCUGAGAGGAGAGCAACAAUUAGAGCGGAAUGCACAGUCGGCGAUAGAGCGUGCGAUGAGCGACAAAAAAAUUGCGCCCGGCCUGCAGUUUUCUCUGAGUUCGACCGAUAUGAGAAGGAUGGGGGGGGGGGAGGAGAGUACUAAAACACUUUGACCAUCCGACUGACUGUGGAGAGCGCCGAAUUGUCGGAAUCGUGCAAUCGCAAGCGAAUUAUCGAUCUGCAAGAGAGUUUUUUGUCUCGCUGCCCCUUAUACAACGUUAAUCAAAACGCUGACGUGGAUUGUUGACUGACAUUGACGCGGUAGGCUGAAAAUAACUCCUCCGCAGCCCCCGUACGUCCUACGUGGCAGCUUUGAGGCAGCUGGAUACUUUCAGCUACUUUCGGCUGCCAUCUCGCCGGGGGAAAAUUAUUUGCGGGAGACCGGGCGUCAAAGCGGACUACUCCGCGAAAAUGUGCAGCAAGAACGCAGAGGGCGGGAGAGACGUUGUUCUUUCGGAUAAUUGAUCCCCGCAAGGUGCACGCUCCACUUUCGCCGGCGCUCAUCGUAGCCGGGGGAGGGCCGCUUCAAAGAGCCGCUGAGAAAUUCCGCACACUUGAUAAGAUAACACAGCGACACGAUCGUUACGGCCUACGGUGGCGACCGAAGCUUAUCGCGCUUGUGUGUGCACCGCGCUGCACCGCGCCGCUGUCAUCGCACUUUACAUUCGACCGCGAUGUGUACGUUCUCUCAGAAUUGUUUUCUUAUGCACACAGACAGGAAGAACCGUUCGCCGGUUCUUCCUCGAGGAAGAGCCCGUCAUCCGUCCCAGAACGUCCCGGAAAUAUCGGGCCGUCCGCGCGACAUUCUAAGUAAGCGUUUCAGGCGGCGGCGACUCUCGCGGAAGCGUAACAGCAAAUACGACGCGUUCGGUUUCCUUUCCUUUUCUUUUUUUUUUUUUUGGAUUCGAUUUUCCUGGUAUCUAUAUCGCUCGGACAUGCACGAUCGUAAAGGUAAAGCAUCGCGCGUCGGUCUUUUAGAUUUUAUAGUCGCCUCAUGUGCGUUUCAGGAAGAAAGAGAGAGAGAGAGAGAGAGGGAGAAGCGAUUGUCUCAUACACAUACACACAUACACAUUCCACUUUGCUGUUAACAACGGAGUCGCGACAUACCGGUCUUAUCUCUGCGCGUUAUAUCCUCCUGCAUUUUUUUUUUUUUUUUUUCCGUACUCCCGUGACCGCCAUAUGUCACUCGGCGUGACGCACACGUGGCAUUGUUUUACAUGGCGAGGAGGAAGAGGCUUAAAGAGGCGAACAGCGGUUCUCCACCUCCCUGGCCAUUCCGCAACAUUCAGACCCUAAUUGACACUAUACGCGACAAGACUUGAAGAAGAAACGACCACUGCAGCUCCGCCAGCGGUUUGGCUAUAAAUAGCGGGAGGCGUGAGGCCUCGUGAUAUCCUCAGAUGGAAACCGAGGUCCGGACGCUCAAGCAGGAACUGGCGCGGACGCAGGACGCCUUAAAGUCCGCCACGAAGAGAUGCCGGGAGCUGCUGAGGGAGCUGGACCAGCGUACCGCCGGUCACGAGUCCGAGAGGAUUCUGCGGGAUCAGCAGCUCUCGAGGAUACUGCGGGCGCUGCUGUUCCUGGAGGCACGCCUCAAGCAGGAGCAGAAGUCGAUUCGGCAGAUGCUCUGCGAGAAGGACACCGUCAUCAGGAACCAGCAGCUGGAGAUCGCGAUGCUCAGGCGGUACACGAAAAACUAUAUUAAGACCAAGCGCGAUCGAACGACACCGGUCGCCGAUGUCGAGGUCAACGCCAACAACGUCGACAAGAAGGACUUUGGCAAUUUGCAAAGGGAAACGCUGCAGGAGAACAGCAUUGGGAAAGAGAUCGCGAGUCUGAAGUGCGAGAUAAUCACGCGGUUGAACCCGGCGUCGUCCGGUAUCCUGCUAGACGAGCUGGAUCGCAACAGCGUGAGGAAGACGCACAGCUUCGCCGGCAGCGAUAUCUCGAAGGUCAGUUUGACCAGCAGCGAGAACACGGACGCGUCCAUCGUCACGACGACGACGGAGGGCAGCCCCUCGUUGCUCAGCACGGAGGGCUUUUGCGAGGGCGAGAGCACGGACGUGUCGCCUGGCUCGACUCUCAACAAGUGCUCGAGUAGAUGCACGCCCACGACGGUGACCGACAGCGAGAACGAGAUAACGAUGAUCCUAAACGAGGAGGACGUGACGGAGGACAACGGGACGACAACGGUGUCGACGAGGAAGAGGGCGAAGGGUCAGAAGAUCACGUCGUCCAAGGGUGCCGAUGCGGUCGAGGUGGUGGUUGGCAUCGCGAGGACGGAGAGCAAGGACGACGGCAUGGACUGCAACUUUGUCUCGGAGGACGAGGAGCAAACUAACACGAGGAUAAGCAGUCAGGAGGAAGACGCGGAGGAACCGAUUUACAUCAACGCCUGCAACGAAGUAAACGAGAGGAAUCUGCAGCGGACGGAGCAAUCGAGGACGAGGGACGACUAUAGCAACAAUAACAACAUCGAGGUGAAGAUCGAGACGCCGGAGUUGACGGUGGAAGAUACCAGUGGGAAUUGGUACAGCGAUCCGGAUGAGGAUCGCCUGAACGAUGACGUAUUCAGGCACAGCACCUACCGGCCGAAUAGCAAUCAUAACUCCGUAUUGGAGUGCGUAAAUCAGAUUCUGCUGCAGGAUAUGGAGGAGGAGGAGAACUCGGUGCUGUCGGUACCGCGCCGGUUCAAACAUCGCGGUAGGAUCGUGCAUUUUCAGCCGGCCAGGUUGUCCGACAUCGAAUCCGUGGGUUCGGAGAUGGAGAGGAAGAACUCUGAGGAUUCCGUCACAGAUAACAAGGAUUCAUCGAGGGAGGAGGAGGUCGACGGAGCGGAGAACGACGAGGCGAAAGAUGAGUCCGAGGAUGAGUUUGGCAUGAGAAUCGUCCAGAAGGAACCGGACGAAGACGACGACGACGACGAGGGUUCGAAGGAUUCUAAGGCGAUCCCGCUAGUCAUCAUUGAACCCAAGAUCGAUGUUGAAGAGGCGAGAAAUAUCCUGACGAAAUCCCAACCGAGCAAUCCUCCCUUAAAGAUGGAAAGAAUCGAGGAGAAGACCUGCCUGCAGAUGUCCGCGAGAGGGUUAACUAUCGCCAAGAAUCUGGAUUACGAGGACAUAGAAUCGUUGCCGGAGAUAACAACGACGUCACCGACACCGCCGAGAACGCCACCGGCGUUACCGCCGAAACCGCAAUUUCGCAACAACACACUGGUCCUGAAGAAGAUCCCUAGUCCAUCGUUUCUGAUUGACGAAAAGAGGCAACAGGAUCCGGGGAGUACGGAUUCUACGAAAAGAAACAUUCUAGGACUGGUAUCUUCUUCGUCGUCGAAAACGGCGAGGAGUCUGAAUCUGGAAGAAGCGAAGAGUUCAGCUAGGAGCUCGACGAGAGAAACGAAAGCCCGCGAAGAGAGUGGUGGAUUCUGGAAGAAUAGAUUCAAUCACGUACGCUCGUCCUUUCAGGUAAGACAGAAAGAACCGGAUCAGGCGAAGGGCGCGAUCAGAGUGACGAACAUCGUUCGACAUUUCGAGGAGUUCAAGAUCGGCGAUCCUGAGGAACAGACGAAGGACAGAAAUCGCCCGAAGGAUCGCCAUGUCGAACUCGAUCAUGAGUUCGAUAUUCGACAGAACUUUGAGGAGUUCAAUCUAGACGAGUGCGAUCUCUCGGACGAUCCCGAUCGGCCCGAGGGUGACGGAUCCGAGAGGCUGGGUCACGCUGGACUUAAUAACGCUGGCCAGAAUGAGAACAGCAUUGCCAAAGACAACAACAAUGUUUCUGCAGUCAGCAAUGGCACCGUUAACGGCAACGGCGAGAUCGGAAACAGCGGAUACGAUCACUUCCUGGAAGCGACCGGCCUCAGCAAUAAGUCAAUCCUCACACCGUCGAGAUUGCUGAGUAAUCACAAAAGCAUGUUGAAGCCGAAGGACAUUAAAUAUAAGAAUAGGAUCAAGGCCACGGCGGUGCUGGAGAGGCACGGGAUACAGACGACUUCAACCGGCAGUAUGACGACGCACGUCAGACACUGGACUGGACCGUUCGUCUGACGAUUGGCCAGUUUUCUGCCGGCCAAACGUGUCUUUCGCUCCGUGUCGGCCGACAACUCGCCGAUAAGAGUGAACUACAAAAGAUUUUAAUCUUUAUUCGCCGACGAUUAAUUAAACAAACAUCUUCAGUCGCUGUAUUCGUGCGCAGCGAGUGACUCUCGCUUUUAAAGUGUAAAUGGAAUUUUAUACAGUAUUGUGGUCGGAAAACAGGGAACAAAUUUUUAGAAUGAAGAUGAACAGAAAGAAGCAAGCCUUGUUUUCUCGUUGUAACGUUAUGUGUGAAUAAUUAACAUAUAUAUAUAUAUAUAUAUAUACAUAUAAAUUAUAUUAUUUUUCAUAUGAAAUAUGAAAUAUUAUAAAAGAUACAAGAGUCGCUAGAUUUUGAAGUUGCA